UGGAAACCUAGGUCAAGACUUAGCUGUAUCUGAAUCAAACAUUCAAAUUCAUAUCUGUAAUAGUAGAAUGCCAGGAAAGCAAUCAAUAGUAGGAUAUUUGUCCCAAAAUAAUGCAUUGCUUCCCAUUGUAUAUAUAAACAUGAGCCAUGGAUGUUUUCCGCAUCAACAAGCCAUAUUUUUUCCUUAAUACAAAUCACUGCCUUCAGUUUACACUCUGCAAAAACAAAUCUCAGAAUGGCUAGGCUUUCUUGGGCUCCCAUUGCUUUCCUUCUCUUCCUAGCUUUGGCCUUUACCAUUCAAACAGCAAGCGCUGGGGGGGAAGGAUCCCUUAAACCUGAAGAGUGUGAAGGUGCAUGCGAGGGUCGGUGUUCGGCAACAUCUCACAAGAAGCCAUGUCUAUAUUUCUGCAACUAUUGCUGCGAGAGAUGUUUGUGUGUUCCUUCUGGUACAUAUGGCAAUAGGGAGGAAUGUCCAUGCUACAACAACAUCAAAACAAAGGAAGGUGCCAAUAAGUGCCCUUGAAAAAUUAAGCCAUGAAGAGGAAGAGUGCUCCCAACAAGUUUUAAAAUAAUGCAGUGAUGUUGGAAUAAGACAGUUAAAUGGCAUCAGAUUGUCUGAUUUGCAAUAUAUAAUGUCAUUCAAUCCUUUUACUUGUAGAGGAA